AUGCAAAAAAAGGAAGAGUAACAAAAAAAGAGAUAUUUAUCUGUUAUCAACAAGAUUCUAGUGAUUCUGACAGGAAUUCUACUAGCCUACAAUAUUAAAUUGUACUUCGAUCGUGCUUCUUCGUCUCACUACGAAAUUAAAGGAAAUGGUAAUACUUGUAUUCAUAAUCAGAAAUCACUAUGAAAAAUGAUUAAAGGUAUUUGUCAGACUUUCAACUUACCCCACUUUCAAAAGUCCUUUCCUAAAAUCCACAGGCAACCAAAUUAAAUGCACAAUUGUCAUACAAUCGCAUUAAUGAUUUCAGAGACUUUUUUGCCAGCUUGGAGUAACUAAGUAACCUAAAUGAAUGUAAUCAUUUUGAAAUAUUUACUUAGUGUCACUUUCUAUUGGUAAGAAUCCAAUAGUGAAUGAAUAAGAGUAAGCUGUAUCAUUAGGCAAAGCAUUAGCUAAACUCACCAAAUUAACCAAUUUAAACUUAGAAUUAGACUCAUUAUUCAAUAAACAAAAUAUAGAAGUAAUUCUAAAGGGAUUGAGUAAAAUUUCUGGAUUGACUGAAUUACGUGUGUCUCUCAUUAGUUGUGAUUUGUCAGGAGAUGGAUUGUAAUCACUUUAUCCAUUGACAGAAAUAAAGAAUUUGAAGUCUUUAGAGCUGUUAUUAAUUGGUAGCAAAUUGAAGGAAUAAGAGAUGAAACAUUUGUAAACAAUUUUACAUAGACUUCCCAAAUUACACAAAUUGAAUCUUAAUCUCUAUGCAAAUAAAAUAUAAGUUGAUGGAGCAAUCACUUUGAGUGGAGGAUUGUUUUAACAGAGACAAUUGUAGGAAUUUGGAAUAGAUCUAUAUUUCAAUAACAUUACUACAAAUGGAACAGAAAGUUUAAUGGGAGUCGUUGAAUCUAUGGAGAACUUGACGUCAUUAAAAUUAGGUUUAGAAUUCAAUUAUAUAAAGAAUGAGGGAGGAAUAUUAGUUGGAAAGGGAUUAUCAUAAUUGAAGAACCUUAAAGAUUUAUCUGUAAAUGCAGCCAGCAAGAAUUUUGGAUUUGAUGGCUAUGAAGCAAUUGUCACUGCAAUUGAAAAUUUGCCACCUCUAGAGAAUUUAGAAUUGAUUAUUGGAGUUAAUAAGUGUGGAGUAUCAGGAGCAGAAUUGUUAAAAUAGGCUUUGUUUAAACAAAAUAAAUUGAAAUCAUUGAAAAUUAACUUCCUGGAGAACUAUGUUGGAGACGCAGGAGCUACCUACGUUGCUGAAGGGAUUCAAUACUAAAAACACUUAGAAGAAUUAAGUGUCAACAUGAACUAAAAUUCCUUAUCUGACCGAGGGGCUCUUGAAUUAGCCAGGGCUGUCAAAAAUUCUAAAUCACCGAAGGUAUAAAUGCAUCAUUAUAUUUAGAUUGUUGACUUGAAAGCAAGUUCAAAUGAAAUUACAGACAAGGGAAUCAAAGAUAUUUUAGUACUUUUGGAAUAGGCUCUCCCUAAGGUUGACUCAUUGCAUGUAGAAUUGUUAGACACUGCACUUACAAAUUCAACAAGAGAUGAUAUUGAACUGAAAUAUGGAAGUGUUGACAAAUUGUACCUUAAAUUAAAUACAAUCCCUCCAAGUAAUUGGGAAUGA